UUGCCCCACCGUAGCGAAUCGCUAAAACUGGAGUCGCUAACCGCUAACCGGCGAAGCAUGCUACUGUUAGUAGCGAGGCUCUUUUAGGCAAACGAGCCUACAGAAAUUGACGAUUUCGCCAGAAAUUGGCAUUCGCUCAGAUCCCUCAGGAACCUUGGUUCCUCUCGUCCCUUACCGUCUUCGCUGUGAAGUGCUUCGGAUUCCUUGCCGUCUUACGCGGGGCCCAAGUUUUGCGAAAAGGUAGAAAGCUUCGCGUAUCAACGGACAGAUGUCGUCGUCCGCAGGUGGCAUCUGGCCAUGGUCGCCGCACAGCCGUCCGAUGGCCAAGGAAUCUCGACGAGGAGUUACCCGCGUCGUGUCGCUCUGGCGCAAGGCUAAGAACGCCGCUGUGGGGAAAGGGACGGCUGCUGCUGCUGCUGCUGCCGCUAACAGGCGGAACGCAGACGGAGCCACGGGUUGUGCUGACGAGGCAGCUUCCCCGGCUGUUCCUGUCGCAAAUUUACCGUGCGAAACGGCACCUCUCGCCUGCGAUGCCGCAGAAGACCUGUUGGCGACGUCGCAGGGCCAGGGUGUGUUCCAAAACCUGUCGAGCGACUGCCUGGAAAUUGUAUUUUGUCGCUUGGGCGACGCGCGCGACGCUGUGCGAGCGAGCUGCGUGUGCAAGGCGUGGCACAACGCCUUUCACGGCUCCACCCGCCACGUGUCGCUCCAGCUGGAUCCCGCUCUGCUACAGUGGCAGCCGUCGUUCCACCCGAUAUACACAGACCUCGAUACAGUCACACACCGACUCAUGGAUUCACGCGGUGGAAACGGAAAGAGUGGAGAAGGCGCGGCUGCAGCAGACGGUUCAAGAUCGCUCAGCGAAGCAAGGAACCAGGAUUGCAUCAGCACCGUUGGAUUGUCCAGCUGGUGGGAUCCGUUGGCAUCCAACGGCUGGCAUGUGAACCACCCGGACAGGUUCGACUUCAACAGCCAGGCCCGGCCAGGCUGGAUGGCCCACGAGCCUUACCACCGAAGCUUCUCACCGAACCACAUCCGAACCUUGCUGCAGCAGUUCCCGAACCUCACGUCCGCGUGCCUGCCCUUAAACAUGCACAAAGCGGACGAUGCCAAAGUGAUACUGUCCUGCUUGCCUUCACACAGCGGCCUCCGCGCCCUGCACCUGCAGCUGAGCACACAGCCAACGGCCAGCCGGCCUCCCCAGGAACUGGACCUGAGCGCCGACCUCUCCGCCCUCCUGCACGCCCUGCCCCACCUGCGAUCCCUCCACCUCCAGUCGAAGCACUCCUUCCUCCGCCUUGCCCCUCCCACCCUCGCCGCCUUCUCGCGCCUCCUCCACCUGUCGCUCCCCGUGGGCCAGCUGCCCCCGCCUCUCCUCACCCUCACCCAGCUGACCUCGCUCAACCUCGCCGUGGAUGACAGCACCUGCUCCCUGCUCCUCGCGUCCCCAGCGCCCUUCCAGCGCUUCACGCGCCUCUCGUCCCUCUGGCUGCAUCUGGGAGUCAGCAGCACCAGCACCCCCCGUGCCACCAUCAGCAGCACCGUGAGUGCUGCUGUUACCAUUUCCAGCAGCAGCAGAAGCUGCAGCAACGUCACCAGCAGCAGUGCCAACGCUACCAUGUCCUCAACCUCUCUGGCUCCUCUUCUUGUCCCUCCUGACCUCUUCUCCGGCCUCUCUCACUCUCUCACAUCCCUCACUUUCAUCCCCCCUGGCUACCCCCCCCCCUCUCCCACCUCCCUCCCCCCUUCUCUCUUUGACCUCUCCUCACUGCGCUCCCUCCGUCUGCUCCCCCCAAGCACCACGACGGCACACGGCUGGGAAGACUUGAACAGCCUCUCGCUUCUCACCCAGCUCACGUUCCUGGAAGUUUCCUGUGCAGCAGGCUAUGCAGUACCAGUGUCGCUGCACGGGCUGCCGUGUCUGGCGCACCUGGUGGUGCCGUGGGCCAAGAGCGACCCGGGGCGGAUCAUCCCCUCACUCAGAGCGCUGAGGGAGCUGGAGAUCGGCACGGGGGCGCUGAGCGUCGGCCAGGGAGUGGAAGCAGCGGCAGUAGGACCAGCAGCAGGAGCAGCAGCACGAGCAGGAAGCACCUCUAAUCCCCAAACCACCAACACCCCCAGUGCUGCCUCCGAGCCACCUCACCCCACUCUCGCAGCCACCACAAUCCCCUCUCUCCUGCCCCCCGCCCUCACGUCCCUGCGCCUGCUCUCCUCGGGCCACCACCCCGUGCACCUGGCCCUCAUCGCCUGCCCCGCGCUGCGCCGCCUCUCCUUCGCCUUCAACGUCGAGCUCGCCGCCCGCGUGCCGCCCAGCGCGUGCUUCUUCCCCAACCUGCGCUUCCUGGAGCUGUUCCGCGUGGAGGGGGCGUUCGGGUGGGGCAACGGGCAGUGGCUGGGCGCCAUGCCGCGCCUCACCCACUUCGUCAGUCGCUGCCCCAUGCGCAACCACGCCUACCUGCUCCAGAGAACCGCGCCUUCGUUGAAGUUUCUCCACUUGGAAGACCCGUCCCCCAAGGUCCCGCUUGUGGUGCUGCCCGCCCUGAUGUCACUGACCAUCGACAAGUACUGCGACGUGAGCGCACUGCUCUCGUCCCUCACUGCCUUCUCCUCCCUCCACACCCUGCGCUUCAACUACUUUUCGCUGCUCGCCACUGACAGGAAGCUCUCUCCGGGGCGGGUGGGGUGCCCCCCGAGUCUGAGGGUGCUGCAGUUCAGAUUCGCGCAGAUCCGCGGUGUGCCGGCAUUCGUGAGGACGUUCACGUCGUUAGAGCGGUUGGAUGUGGUCAACUGCGGGGUGCUGGAUUCCUGGCCCGAGUACUUGGCUGAGUUCCCUGCAUUCCGCUGCUUGCGCGUGGAUGGGUGCAAGAAGCUCCCUCCCUGCCCCCUCUCACUGGCUCCCUUUCUGGCGCCGUGUACAGGUCAUAUGCGUUCGUCGCAAUGACAUUCUAUGCUACGUACGACACCAUAAGCCGUUCAUCCAUAGAAGCAGCUACCAUGUACGCCCCAAGUUCGGAUUUCAACUACCGUAUUUGCCCGGAUAUCAGGGCUGAUUUUAUCAGACUAUUUGAGUCUGAUUGUCUGAAAUUUCAGACCAAAUUUUUGGCCGAUCCUGAUUUUUCUGACUUGCCAUUUUCUGAAUGCUGAACCCUUCAGAGUUAUGUUUUUUAACCCUGAGAAUCUCAGACUUGG